UCUUCCUUCUUCGGCUUCUGCGGUGAUGGUUGACUCUUCGAAAAGAAUAUUCAUACACCAUUUAAGUGAUUUAUUGUUACAAGAAAAAUCAAUCAAGUAAUUUGCUUAACAUUAAUCUCAUACUUCAAUCCGAACUCUCUCUCUCGGCUUCUCACCCUAGACUUUCUCUCUCCCGAUAUUGCACUCUUCUAAUCUCGUCCUUCUCAGUUUUCUUCUUCUUCUUCCUCUCUCUCUCUCUCUCCUGUUUUAAUUAAUCCUUUUUAUUGUCGCACGGUUAAGGUGAAGUAAAUGUCAAGGCCAUGUCCUAAUAUCCUUCUGCUUCGUCAAAUUCAGUAUCUGACUCGAACCUAAUAACUCAAUUAGCUUCUGCCAUGGGGGUGAGUUAAUUUUGAAUAUGUUUUACACAGCAAGUUAGGGGCUAUUUUUAGUAGCCAUGUGGGGGAACUUCUGGUGUUGGGUUUAUUAAUGGCUGGCGAGCAAGUAGAAGUUGGGUUGCAGAGACCGACGCCAUGACUGUACUUGAUUAUUUUUGACCCUUUGAAUUGAACAAGUAGUCAAGUACGAUAAGAAACUUCAAAACCAUGUGACUGUUUCGCCAUUAAUGGUGAAGAUUCCUCCAUAAUUGCUUGCCCACCACCUGUUAGAUAAUUUAUCCCACUGAAUUAUUCACCACCUUUUCGUCUUGUUUAACUCAAUCACCUCAACAUUGUGUCAAAAAUCUCACCCGGAUCUGAUCCCCCCGCAGUUUGUACAAUGAGUUUUGGCCAGCUAUGACAGUAAAUUAUGUGUACCGACAUGAUUGCUGCGUUGGGUUCCCACCACACGAGCGCCAUCCUGGCCGGACUGAUGGGACUAAUCAUAAAAUCCAAUUCCGCGAGCUGGUUUUGAAUCCGUGUUGAGCCAGCCAGACCGGCCACCUCGCCACUGGGGCUAACCAUGUCUUUUCGCCCAUGCCGGAUCUCACAUGAACUCACGUGGGUACUCUUCCUUCUUUCUUCACUAUCUGAACACAGAGCCCUACCAUUGUCUGUCUGUGCUACAAAAAACACACACCAAACGCAUAAUAUUUUGGUGGGAUGCUUCGUCUCUCUCCGCCAUUAUUGGAGCUGGAAGUGUGACAGGAAGAAUCGUGGUAUUAUUUUAAUGGAGGGGAAAGUGAAUAGUGAUUAGUAUGGGUAUUGAUCAUUGUAAUCAGAGAAGAUCGUAUGGGAAUGUUUUUGGUGGAGGUUUCUGUUUCAAGGAUGAGCUAGUUCAUGGUAUCAUGGUAUGUUUGAUGCUCCUUAGCCGACAUGUUGGGUUUGUCUGGAACCUGUGAACUCAUCUGGACUAACCUUUGAUCAAACUCAAGUAUAUACAGAUAUAUAUAUAUAUAUAACAUGUAUUACGCACUUCUAUAUCUAAUAUACACAUAUAUAUUGAUGAACUAAAGAUACCCACUAAUACUGACCAAAUAAUUAUAUUAUAUUCCAAAAGGAACAAGUGCCAGAGCUGGGUAUGAGGACAUCUUAGCCCAUGGCUAACUGGUUGUGGCGCGUUUGGCUCACCAAUUGAUCACCUGUCUGCAUCACUGCUUGGACUUUUCCCGACCCAAAAUUCAAUUGUGUCGUUCACUUGGCUCUCUCCCACCAGACAAAAAGAGUCAAUUUUUAAACCCUUAAUUUCCUUCACUCCCCUCCUAUAAAUUCUUUCACUUUCUUGAUUCAUUAACCAAACAAGAUCUCUCUGCUUUAUAUAUAUUAUAUAUCACUUUUUUCAUACAACGAUAGCAGGUAUUUGUACUUGUAGUAUUAUGUGAUAUGGAGCUUCAACUAGGCCUCGCUCUUCCCACCCAGAAUCUCUCAAGGGGGUUUGAUUUAAAUGACGUCGUUAUCGGGUUCGACCACAAGGAGAAUAUGGAGAGUUUGGAGAGUUGUGAAGGAAGACCGUGUUUGGGUAGAGAGAAGUUUGUGAAGAACAAGCGUGGGUUUGGCGAGGCGUUUGGGAAAAUUAAUUUUGAUGGGUCCCAAACAGUGCCUUUGCUUGUGUGGAAUGGAGGGGAGUCAAACGAGGAUGACGAUCGUCGAAGAGGAGAAAAGAAGAGUAAUCAUUCCUCCGCCAUUAACAAGAAUGGCGAGGAGGAGAAUGGAGUUGUGGGGUGGCCGCCGAUCAAGUCGUGGAGGAAGAAUAUGUUCUUGCAGCACGAACAACGUGGUGGUGGCAGGAUGAAUAUCACUCAUAACAAUAACACUAAUCAAAGGACGGCAUUAAUGGCGGGUGUUGCAGAAAAUGGGGUUGGUUCAUCAAAGCCAAUGUUUGUGAAAGUGAAGAUGGAAGGAGCAGCAAUAGCAAGAAAAAUUGAUCUGAGCCUUUAUCAUUCUUAUCAGAUUCUCAAAAACUCUUUGAUCGCCAUGUUUGCUAAAUAUCAAAGCUGCGACACUAAUGGCGUUGCAGGUUACACACUGACUUACCAGGACAAAGAAGGAGAUUGGCUACUUGCAGGAGACCUUCCAUGGCAGACAUUUGUUGGCUCAGUGCAGCGUUUGGAAAUUGUAAGGAUAACGGCGGUUAAAUGAGGGUAACAGCGUGUAUGCUUAAAAUAGGGAUUAAAUGUUAAAACGCCGUGGAUUUUAAUUAGUUAGUAGCAAAUUAGAAGGAAGUGGAAAUUAAGUUGUUUAAAUAAGCAGUGUGUAAGCACUUUUUUAAAUGAGAAGUAGCUGUAAUUAAGCACUUAGAAAGAGUGAAGUGUGACUUAGAGAGAUAUAGCUUUUAGCUAAGUAGCGAAUGUUGUGACCAAUUAGCUUGGUAAUUAAGUUAGGGUUUGAUCCUAAAUUGUAAUUUGAGCUACUUAAUAUUUUUUAUUUUUUAUUAAAAAAAAAAAAAACUGUAACCUUUG